GAAAUAGAAUGUUCAAAUAUACAUAACAUUCUGUUACUAACGCAGUAUUGAACUGUGGGAGUAUGUGAGAAUCAUAUUCAGUUGAAACAUUGUCUGUAUCAUACCACCACACCACAUCAGCUUUAGUAAAUAACUAUAUGGUUUUAGCUGUGUUCAAUUCGUAUCCACUUUAGUAGCCACAUAUCCAGAAUCAAAGCGAUCAAGAGACCAUCUGUCAACAUUGUGUAUCUGAAUUAUUAUUUUUGGUCCCUUUAUUGCUUUCUUAGCUCUACCACACGCAGUAGUAUUUCUUUCAUAGUAACUUAUUUAGCGCAAAAUGAACAUGACAUUGGGGUUAUUGAAAAGUAAACCGUGUAUUAUUUUUUAUCUCACAGCGCUUACUUAGUUUCAAUUCAAAUGUAUAUUUUGCUUAUAGAUUGCAAUUUUGCAUGGUUGUUUCUUCUUGAGAUAGAAUUAUUAACUGCCAAGUAAAACCUCAACUGUACGAUGCUUCAACCACCAAUUCCCCGAAAUUCAUCUGUUAAAACAUCACUUUCAAUACUGAACACCCUGAAACAUAUUGUGGAGUCAGAGGAAUGGUGUGACUUAAAAAGCCUUAUAGGUUUAAUUACAGAGAAACUGAAAAAUCUGUGUAAAAAUUCCAAUGACAAUACGGUGAUUCUUAGUACGACUUUAAGAGUUUUAAAAGUCAUUCGUGAAGAGGCACUCAAGUAUGCGUUCCCACGGUUACCAUAUCAAAAUUCUGUAGAUUCCAAAUGGGAGAAAAUGCUGAUUUCGAAGAAAAUUUAACGAAUCGUCUUUUUGCAGUUGGGGAUGAAGCUUACGAAGCAGUUUCUCGAGAUGACAUUUUAGAAGCUAUCCUUAACACAUUGGAUGAUUUGGUUGUUGAUAUAAAGUCUUCUUUGACAAGUCUAGCAGACUUGUCCUUAGAUUUCAUCCACUCCGAUGAACUAAUAAUGACAUCAGGGUAUUCCAAAGCAGUGUACCAUUUUCUACGUCAUGCGGCGAAAAAAGGCAGAAACUUCAAAGUUAUUAUAUGUGAAUGUUAUCCUGACAACUUAGGACAUAAAUUAGCUGACGAACUGUCAAAGGAUAAUGUGGAUGUUAUUUUAGUUCCUGAUAGUCACGUGUACGGUUUAAUGUCGCGAAUAAAUAAAGUGAUCGUAAGCUGCCAGGCUGUUUAUCCUGAUGGGACAUUGAAAGCAACAGUUGGAACAUAUGGUGCCAUGCUUGCUGCUAAAAGCUUUUCCAUCCCGAUAUAUGUGUGUUUACCGCACUACAAACUUUCUCCUAUACCAUUCAAACUAUCAUCUCGAUCAACACCGUCAUUCUCUGUACAACCUACUGCCAAUCCCAGUGAUCGUUCAGUCGAUUGGCUUGAUAGUCCAUCGCUUAUUCUUCCACCAAAUGACCCUGAACUAGCCAAUGAAGGCCUAGUAUAUCAUCAGCCAAGUGAGGGUCCAGUUGUCUGGGUGCCGAAAUGGGAAAUUAUACCUUCUGGUCUUGUCAGUUUAUUUUUAACAAAUCUUGGCACUCAUGCUCCUUCAUAUUUAUAUGCUCUUGGAAGAGAAUUAUUUCACUCAGCAGAUAUCAAGACUACUUUAACAUGGAGUUAA